CCCACCCCAUACAUUUGAUUUGGUUUUGAAUUUUUUUUUUCUGCGGGACUUUGGAAGAAACUGCCCGGCUUUUAGCAUGAUGUCUUACCUCAAACAGCCCCCUUACGGCAUGAAUGGGCUGGGGCUGACGGGUCCCACCAUGGACCUGCUGCAUCCCUCCGUGGGGUAUCCGGCCACCCCACGGAAGCAGCGGCGGGAACGCACCACCUUCACCCGCUCGCAGUUGGACGUGCUGGAGGCUCUCUUUGCCAAGACCCGCUACCCCGACAUCUUCAUGCGGGAGGAAGUCGCCCUGAAGAUCAACCUGCCCGAAUCCCGAGUCCAGGUCUGGUUCAAGAACCGCCGUGCCAAGUGCCGGCAGCAGCAGCAGAGCGGCGGCGGGGCCAAGAGCCGGCCAGCCAAGAAGAAAUCCUCGCCAGCCCGGGAGAGCUCUGGCUCCGAGAGCAGCGGGCAGUUCACACCGCCGGCAGCAGCCUCCAGCUCGGCCUCCUCUUCCUCCUCCAGCUCGGCCUCCUCAGCCCCGGUGGGCGCCCCGGCAUCUCUCAGCACCCCGGCAUCGUCCAUCUGGAGCCCCGCUUCCAUCUCUCCCGGCGCGGCGCCGGCAGGGGUGACGGUGCCCGAGCCGCUGCCUCCGGCCGCCGCGUCCUGCAUGCAGCGGGCCGGCCCCGCCGCCACCGCCGCCUCCGCCAGCUACCCCGUGUCCUACAGCCAAGGCGGGGGGUACGGACAGGGGUACCCCGCACCGCCCUCCUCGUCCUACUUCGGGGGCGUGGAUUGCAGCUCCUACCUGGCACCCAUGCACUCCCACCACCACCCCCACCAGCUCAGCCCCAUGGGGCCCUCCUCGGUGCCCGGCCACCACCACCACCACCCGUUGAGCCAGAGCUCGGGCCACCACCACCACCAUCACCAUCACCACCACCACCAGGGUUACGGCGGCACGGGGCUGCCCUUCAACUCCUCCGACUGCCUGGACUACAAGGAGCCCGCCGCUGCCGCUGCUGCCUCCUGGAAGCUCAACUUUAACUCCCCCGACUGCCUCGACUAC